GAGCAGACAGGAAAGCAAGGCGCCCGGCCCGGGGGCGAUCGGCCCGCAGCGCCCCCGGGUCUGUCCCCGGGGCGCCAUGGCCCCACUGAGGCCGGGCGCACCCGCGGGGCUCCGGGCGCGUCGGCUGGCGCGCAGCUGAGUAGGGUGCAGCCUGUAAAGGCCGGGGCCACCCCCGGGGCGCUGGUUAGGGGGACCGGCGUUAUGGAGCCCCCGGCCGCCACUUCGGAGAGGAGCCUGUCUCUAUCUCUGCCCGGGCCCCGGGAGGGCCAAGCCACCCUCAAGCCGCCCCCCCAGCACCUGUGGCGGCAGCCGCGGACCCCGAUCCGUAUCCAGCAGCGCGGCUACUCCGACAGCGCGGAGCGCUCGGAGCCCGAGCGGCCGCCACACCGGCCCAUAGAGCGCGCCGACGCCGUGGACACCAGCGACCGGCCCGGACUGCGCACGACCCGCAUGUCCUGGCCUUCGUCCUUCCAUGGCACUGGCACAACCAGCGGCAGCGCGGGCGGAGGCAGCGGCAGGCGCUUUGAUGCAGAAAAUGGGCCGACACCAUCCCCCGGACGCAGCCCCCUGGACUCGCAGGCGAGCCCGGGCCUCGUGCUGCACGCCGGGGCAGCCACCAGCCAGCGCCGGGAGUCCUUCCUCUAUCGCUCCGACAGUGACUAUGACAUGUCACCCAAGACCAUGUCCCGCAACUCGUCAGUCACCAGCGAGGCGCACGCGGAGGACCUCAUUGUAACGCCCUUUGCCCAGGUGCUGGCCAGUCUCCGCAGCGUCCGAAGCAACUUCUCGCUCCUGACCAAUGUGCCCAUUCCCAGCCACAAGCGGUCCCCACUGGGAGGCCCCGCCCUCGUCUGCAAGGCCACUCUGUCAGAGGAGACAUGUCAGCAGCUGGCCCGGGAGACCUUGGAGGAGCUGGACUGGUGCCUGGAGCAGUUGGAGACCAUGCAGACUUACCGCUCUGUCAGCGAGAUGGCCUCACAUAAGUUCAAGAGGAUGCUGAACCGUGAGCUCACACACCUGUCAGAAAUGAGCAGGUCGGGCAACCAGGUCUCAGAGUACAUCUCCACUACAUUCCUGGACAAACAGAAUGAAGUGGAGAUCCCAUCACCCACAAUGAAAGACCGAGAGCCCCAGGAAGCACCUCGACAGAAGCCCUCCCAGCCGCUUCCACCCCCGGUGCCACAUCUGCAGCCCAUGUCACAGAUUACGGGAGUGAAGAGACUGUUACACAGCAGCAGCCUGAACAAUGCCAGCAUCCCCCGCUUUGGGGUGAAGACUGAUCAGGAGGAGCUCCUGGCCCAAGAGCUGGAGAACUUAAGCAAGUGGGGCCUGAACAUCUUCUGCGUGUCGGACUACGCCGGAGGCCGCUCGCUGAGCUGUAUCAUGUACACAAUAUUCCAGGAGCGGGACUUGCUGAAGAAAUUUCGCAUCCCUGUGGACACCAUGGUGACAUACAUGCUGACACUGGAGGACCACUACCAUGCCGACGUGGCCUACCACAACAGCCUGCACGCGGCUGACGUGCUGCAGUCUACCCACGUACUGCUGGCCACGCCUGCCCUGGACGCGGUGUUCACAGACUUGGAGAUUCUGGCAGCCCUCUUCGCAGCCGCUAUCCAUGAUGUGGACCACCCUGGGGUCUCGAACCAGUUCCUCAUCAAUACAAAUUCUGAGCUGGCGCUCAUGUACAACGACGAGUCGGUGCUCGAGAACCACCACCUGGCUGUAGGCUUCAAGCUGCUGCAGGAAGGGAAUUGUGACAUCUUCCAGAACCUCAACAAGCGCCAGCGGCAGAGCCUGCGCAAGAUGGUCAUCGACAUGGUGCUGGCCACGGACAUGUCCAAGCACAUGACGCUCCUAGCUGACCUGAAGACCAUGGUGGAAACCAAGAAGGUGACGAGCUCGGGAGUUCUCUUACUGGACAACUACUCCGACCGCAUCCAGGUCCUUCGGAACAUGGUGCACUGCGCAGACCUCAGCAACCCCACUAAGCCGCUAGAGCUGUACCGCCAGUGGACGGACCGCAUCAUGGCUGAGUUCUUCCAGCAGGGCGACCGAGAACGAGAGCGGGGCAUGGAGAUCAGUCCCAUGUGUGAUAAGCACACGGCCUCCGUGGAGAAGUCACAGGUGGGUUUCAUCGACUACAUCGUGCACCCGCUGUGGGAGACAUGGGCGGACCUGGUGCACCCAGAUGCGCAGGACAUCCUGGACACGCUGGAGGACAACCGGGACUGGUACUACAGCGCCAUCCGGCAGAGCCCGUCCCCACCGCCCGAGGAGGAGCCCGGCAGGCCAGGCCACCCUGCCCCACCCGAUAAGUUCCAGUUUGAGCUGACCCUGGAGGAGGAAGAGGAGGAGGAGGCAUCCCUAGCCCAGGAUUCUUUGGAAGCUCGGGGGGCCUUCGGGGAGGAGCCCAUCAAGGUCAAGGGCCCGGAGGCCGAGACUGGGCAUUUGCCUCGGGCUUUGGGCGUGGUGUGCGCUGCUCCCGCGGAACAGGAGGAAUCCGUGGGUGCUGGAAGUUGCGACCUGAUCCUUGAAAGCCCCGAUCUGCCUGCCUGGAGGACCCAGUCCACGCCAGAGGAGUCCCCGGGCCCCCCGGGCCUCCCCUCCACGGCGGCCGAGGUGGGGGCCCAGAGAGACCAACGGGCUGCCACGAGGGCGUGCGGCGCCUGCGCGGGGACAUCGGGGGAGGACCCAGCCCUGCUGGUUCCAGGCGGGCAGGAGUCGGGUGGGGACCCUCCCUGAGCCGCAGCCUGGUCGCCCCUCCGCCCGUGUCCCCCAACCCCUGCCGACCACCUCCUCUGCUGCCUCAAAGACUCUUGACCCUCUGGAGAAAAGAGAAAACAGAAAAGUUGGGGUUUUUCUCUUUUCUUUUUUUCCCCUAUUCCCCUUCCCCCACCCAUGGGGCCUUUUUUUGGAGGUGGGGGUUGGGGAGAGAGAGGGCGAGGUCCCAGAACGGAUUUUAUUUUUUAAAUUUUAAUUGUAACGUUUUUAGAAAAAGAACAAAAAUAAGGAAAAAAAAAAAAAAAAGAUGAAACACAGCAACUGUAGAUGCCCCCCAACACCCCUACUCCCGGUUCCUCAUUUGACACCUCCAAGCCCCUCUCCUCCCCACACACACCCACAGGUCCCAGCCUUCGUCUUCCGGCCCCUGUCCACUGAGGUUUAGGGGAGCUCCGGCGCCCAGCCAGAAUAGCCAUCUCGGGCAGGGCCGGCGGCGGGGGGCUGCUGCGGCCGCCGUGCUCCCUUCCCCACCGAGUCUUCCGCCUCAUUUUGCACAAGCCUAGCCAUAUGGGGGUCGGUGGAGCUGCUUGCUGGAGGGCGCGGGGAGCAGCGGUCUCCAGGCCGACAGCCAGAGCCAGCCUUGAGGCUGCAGAGGGGUGUGACCCCCUCGGCCCCCCACCUCCCUCCCCGGCUCCUUCUGGGUCUCUGAAUUUUCCAGCUUGUGUCGGAGGCUUGGGGCUCCUGUGGCGCCCGCCUCCUCCCUGCUGCUUCUCCUCUCGUUUCUGCCUUAAGGACCUCCUGGCCAGAGGAGACGGCGCAGAGGCCCUGCCUGCGCCUUGGGUAGGACCCUGGCACCCGCGCCCCCCUGGCUCCCACGCCCGACCCCCCACCUCACCCCCACCUCUUUGCCCUAGGAGGAAGCAAUAACGGUGUGCACCCACAUCCCCCAUCUGGGGCACCCCUCCCUGCCCGUGUCCCUCUCUAGACCCUGAGCAAUACGGCAGACAGAUGAAGGCCAUCUCCAAGCCACGGGGGGCCGUUGGAAAGGAGAGACACCCCCCCCCCCCCCCCCCCCCGUCCCUGUGCCCCUCGACCUGCCUCUGCGGCUGGGCCAGGCCGACCUAGCGUUUGUUUCCUCACCCCCCCCCAUUCUGAGCACACGGUACUGUAGCCCCCACUUCUCCCAUCUGUCUGUGCCCGAUGGCCCGCACCCCAUACCGCUGUACAGGGUUCAUUUUUGUAGAGAACGUAGUUUCUUUCUGUCCCAGCCCAUGGCCCAGAGGGGUCUUUUUCCUUUUUGUACAUACUGUAAGGUUGGUUUGUAAAUUAUUCUCCAAAGGCAAAAAGGGAACAUCAGCUCGCCCUACCCUGCCGACCCAGCCAGGAAGGGAGGUGAGGAAGCCUGACCCCUGCUGUAUUAUACAAACUGUACCAUAGUCCCAGGAAGGUUGGGCUCAUUGAGGUGUAGGGGACGUUGUGACAUCCCAGGGAUGGGAGCCUUGCACACCCGGCCGCCUCUGCCUUCCCAGAUGGGGGGCACUGGCCAGGUGACUCCACCCCAUCAGUCCCCCAAGCCACGAGCUGCUCGCGCGUUCCCCCUUUCACUCGAUCCGUCGGUCCCUCGAUCGAUAAUCAACUCUUUAAUCUUGUCACCAAUUAAACCGAGGCUUUCACCG